AUGAUUUCCGAUUCAAAACAAGAAGCUUAUACGAAUGACGAACAACUAAUUUCAAAGGUCGGUGUUAACAAUGUCGAUAUCAUCAGAGAGUGGUUAUCAAAGCAACCCCAUUUACCGAAAAUAUCAGACAAGCAAUUGGUGAUAUUUUUAAACUGCUGUCGGUGUAAACUGGAAAACACGAAAAAAAUGAUAGACGCAUAUUAUACUAUGAGAACUCAUAAUCCUGAAAUGUUUAGCAACAGGACGAUAUCCGAACUUGAGAAAACGUUUAAUAUAUUUUAUUUUCAUAAAAUGCCGUUGCUACCGGACGGCUCUCGAGCGGGAUUUUCGCGUCUACGAGAUUUCAACUCUAACGUAUUUAACACAUUAGACACAAUACGACUUGUGUUUGCAAUGUAUGACGUAUGCAUCGACGACGAUCCGCUUGCGGAAGAAUGGAAAUUCGUGAUGGACAUGACCGGAUUUUCAAUGGGCCAUUUGACUAAACUCACCAAUUUGACUCUGAUGAAAAAAUGCAUGGCCUACGUACAAAUGGCUCUGCCAAUGCGUUUAACAGCCGUCCACUUGAUAAACGCUCCACCAUUGGCUAACCAAUUGAUGAUGUUUUUAAAGCCAUUAAUGCACAAAGACUUAUAUUCGAUGAUUUCAGUACACCCAGCGAGUGAUAUGGACAGUGUUUACAAAUCCAUACCAAAAGAAUACUUUGCCAGCGACAUGGGUGGAAAAGCUCCUUCAUUUGAAGCCAAAAAAGAAGAAUCACAGAAACGUUUUGAAUCGUACCAGAUUUUUUUUGAUAACGACGAGAAAUUUAACCGUAUAGACGAGAGCAAGCGGAUCGAUAAGAAUAAUCGAUUUAAUUCGACAAACUAUGGACUUGACGGAUCGUUUAAAAAACUAGAAUUAGAUUAA